GUGUCAUGGGCGUCAAGGCUUCGCAGCGUGGAAAAAAUGAGCUCUGUUUCGGUUUGACCGAUGAGAACGUGGAGGAUAUGCAAAUAACUGGGAAAAUACCAUCAAUACUCUUGAUCUACAAUGACACUGACUUAGAUUCGCAAGAUAUCGGAUGUAUAUUGCGAGCUGCAGUGAGUAAUGAAGAGAUACAUGCGGCGAAAAUAAGCGAUUCUCCUUGUAUGCAGCUUUUGACUAUCGAUGCAAAACCAGACGAACUACAUGUGAUUGUUACCCAUGGUUCACCAAGACUGCCACUUUGUGAUGCUCAAGUUUACGGAGCCAUUCCCAAUGUCAUAGAAGUACGCUUUACGAAAACGAGAAAAGCAAUUGACUACGUUACUUUCAACUUGAUUGCAAAUGGAGGACGUAUGAGAUUCGAUGUACCACUCGACGACAAUACCGCAACUCCAUUAAACUUGUUGUUGGCAUUCCGUGCUCUCAUUCGAAUAGUGAUGAGCGGACGACCGUAUGACAAUGGAAUUCCUGAUUUCCACCGAUCAAGCCACUUACUUGCCAAUCCUGCACUUGGACGAGCGAAAGACAAAUUUCUCAGAAAGAUUGAGAUAACACUUCCAUUUUCUGCGAAUUGCAUGAUCACCUAUAUACCAGUAUUUAUCUUUGCUUCGGCCGUUUCAUUUUUGCUCGUAGUUCCAUGUGGAUCCUCACAAGCUGUUCAAUUCGAUAGUGUCGAAGUCCCCGAUGAUGAGAUUAGACCGGAACAACUGCCAAGUCUUUACGGCAUAUUGAGAAGAGAUAAAGGAAAAGCUGGAUCUUCAGCGGAAGCAAAAUCGCAAAGCGGUGGUACUCCUGAGAAAAAUACAGAAAAGAACGCUUCUUCAGCUCCAGAGACGAGCAAAGCUGAAGGAGGCCUGAAUGUUCAGCCCACCAUGAGUGACGAGGUUCCGAGUCCAACCCAAAGGUCAAGUCCAAUACAAAAUGUACCUCCCACGGCUAAUCCUUUGAUAAUUCCGGUGAAUACACUUGAUAAACAAGAUCACAAACAGCCUCCCAAGCAACCGCUCAAAAAACCGAAUAAAUAGUUUUUGAACCGUCAUUUUACCUCUGAAAUAAAAGAUUUUGUUGC